UUCCCUCGGUGCAUUCAGUUCAAUCCAGGCAUCAUCGUCGUCGGUCGGUCGUAAAGUGCGUUCCGCAUUUUUUAAUCAAAAACGCAAAAAAAAGUAAAUUUCGGACCAUUCUUGCGGAUUAUUGUGAUCUUGAAGAGGAUCCUGUGUGCGGUGGGUAAUUAACUCGGCGAAUGCCACGGCAAUCGUAUUUCGGAUCAGUGGUGAACAAAACCUGGUGUGUUGUGAUGGAGGCGUGAUCCCAUCCCAUGGGAAGCAGCAGCAGCACCAGCAGAGAGCAUCCGGGAAUGUGAAAUUUCUUCAACCAUCGUCGGGUUUCGGGAGUGGGAUCUGAUCGAUCUCUUAUGGUGGCAGCCAGUCGUAAGACAUCCUGCGGAAAAGAAAGCACGGUUUUGACCCCGGGAGGAAACAAACGGAAGCGAAUAGUGAACAAAAGUUGAAACGCAUUUAGGAUUGCUUGUCGUUCGUAUAAUGAUCAUCGUCGUGGCUCUAAAUAGAAGAGAGGAAAGGAUCCGCAAUUCCGCGACGUGUAAAGUGUGAUUUUUGUGUCAUUCUGCUGAUUAAUUUUCGUGUUGGUGGAGCUUUCUGCUCAGUGCCGUUUCUGGUGGUGUGGUGGUAAAUAAAACCAACAAAACAAGAAGAAUCGGUAGCGACUCAAGAAAGAUAAUGUCGUCUUGCGGUGGCCGACGAAAAUAAUAUAGAUUUGCUGCUGAGAAUCGUCGUCUCAAGUCGGUCCCCAUCUGUAUCCCCGUAGUGGGCGAGUGAGGGAGAACCGUCGCAAUAAUUACUCGAGCGCAUUUUCAAAUAGACAUUCGAAAAACAACAACAAUAACAACCGGGACACAGUCUGAGUCGGCGGCAGCAACACAGCAUCAGUAACCGACGACCGUUGCGUUGUUGGUUGAUUGAAACGAACGAAAGGAGAAGUUCAGUCAGGUUAGUCCUCAUCGCGCCCGCGAAUAGUAGGUAACGUGUGUUUUCCAAGUCCGGUGAAAGUGCACCGCGGUGCACACGCGCGAGGGCUUUGAAUUAGCACCGUUGUUGAACCGUCGUCAUCGUCGGAAGCGAUACGACCUAAUAAACCUGACAUACCUCAAAAUUGUGACUUUCCAAGUAACAAGGCCUGACUAGACAGAGAGAAAAACAGUGACUUGCACCAAAGUGCUACUCAGCAAGCUACCGGAUCAUAAUGUCUUCUUCAUCGGAGACCACUCAAACACCGGCUGUGCCGGUUACUCAGCCUGCGCGUGUCAUCCAGCCGUCAGCAGCAUUGAUCGUGAAAGAAGGCUGGCUGUACAAACGGGGCGAACACAUCAAAAACUGGCGCUCGCGUUACUUCAUUCUACGCGAUGACGGCACACUUGUCGGAUACAAAAAUCGUCCGGAUGCAUCGUUUCAAGCUGAGCCCUCGAACAACUUCACCGUGCGGGGCUGCCAGAUCAUGUCCGUGGAUAGACCCCGCCCGUUUACCUUCAUCAUCCGCGGUCUUCAGUGGACAACCGUAAUCGAACGGAUGUUCCACGUGGAGGAAGAGCGAGAACGCCAAGAGUGGGUUGAAGCUAUCCGCAGCGUGGCCAAUCGUCUUACGGAAGCGGAAGCCUACCAGGGAUCGCAGUCAAACGAGGAUGUGGAGAUGGCAUCGAUUGCCGAGGACGAACUGUUGACCGAAAAGUUCUCGGUGCAGGGCACAUCUACGGGCAAAAUAAGCGGCAGAAAGAAAGUGACUCUGGAGAAUUUCGAGUUCUUGAAGGUUCUCGGAAAGGGCACCUUCGGCAAGGUAAUUCUGUGUCGCGAGAAAACCACCGCCAAGCUGUACGCUAUCAAAAUCCUCAAGAAGGAGGUCAUUGUCCAGAAGGACGAAGUUGCUCACACGAUGGCGGAAAAUCGCGUACUCAAAAAGACCAACCACCCGUUCCUGAUAUCUUUGAAGUAUUCCUUUCAAACGGUAGAUCGUCUGUGCUUCGUUAUGCAGUACGUCAACGGUGGGGAACUAUUCUUCCAUCUGAGUCGUGAACGCGUCUUCUCCGAGGAUAGAACCAGAUUCUACGGCGCGGAAAUCAUAUCGGCACUUGGCUACCUUCAUUCGCACGAAAUCGUCUAUCGAGACUUGAAACUGGAGAAUCUCUUGCUAGAUAAGGAUGGACACAUCAAAAUAGCUGACUUCGGCCUUUGCAAGGAACAGAUCACCUACGGACGCACAACGAAGACCUUCUGUGGCACUCCGGAGUACCUAGCGCCGGAAGUGCUGGAAGAUAACGAUUACGGUCUAGCCGUUGACUGGUGGGGUACCGGGGUGGUAAUGUAUGAAAUGAUGUGCGGCAGGCUACCGUUCUACAACCGUGACCACGAUAUUCUGUUUACAUUGAUCCUGAUGGAAGAGGUAAAGUUCCCGCGAAGUAUCAGUGCCAACGCACGGGAUCUGCUCGCCGGUUUACUUAUGAAGCACCCAAGAGAUCGCCUUGGUGGAGGCCCCAACGACGCCAAGGAAAUCAUGGUACAUCCGUUCUUCUCGAGCAUCAACUGGACGGAUCUGGUGCAGAAGCGCAUACCGCCUCCCUUCAAGCCGCAGGUCACCUCCGAUACCGAUACCCGCUACUUCGAUUCCGAGUUUACUGGCGAAAGCGUUGAGCUGACGCCACCGGAUAACAACGGACCCUUGGGCGCGAUCCAGGAAGAACCGCAUUUCUCACAGUUCAGCUACCAGGAUAUGGCAUCUACGCUAAAUACGCCUUCGUUUAUCAACAAUCCGAACAGCUAUGUGUCGAUGCAGUGAGAAACUAUCCAGCAAGUCUUGGAGAAGCUGUGUACGACUACAAUUGAUGACGGGGCAGCAAUCGUGACUUAUGCCGCCCUUCGGGGUAUCCAAAAUCGCUAACACACCAUCCCGUGCACGAUUCUGCAUUCUGGGAGUAAGCGUUGCUGCCCUCACAAAGUAUUCGGAACCGUGUGGAUUUGCUAACGUAUAAACCAGGUGGGCCUUUUCGUGUAGAUUUUUUGUUUGCAGUUCGGGAGUGAUGUGAGGAUAACACACAGUUCGGUAAAUUCAGUUACGAUAACAAGAGACAGAGGUUUUGAAUAGCUAACUAGACCCGACUAAACGUUUAAACGCAGGACGAGCUAAAACGGUCCUGAUAUGAACGCUUAGAUUCCGCAGCAAAACAAAGCCCAGCAAUAGACCGGUUUUAUUUCAGGUAACGCAAGCCACAGCCACAAAACAAAACGAAACAGGUGCAAUCGCAGAGCGGUCAAAUUUACAAAUAGGACCCAGCAAUAGCCCGGAAGUUGAGGCAACCCCGGCCGGGGUUUAAUCGACGAACGAAUUCAUUCCAUAUUCCCUUCAUUGGACAACCCAUGCAAUCAUACCACAAAACCAUUCACACGCAACAUAUAUGACGUUAAAAAAAAGUUCAAUAAAACAAAAUAUAAUGAUACAAAAAUGAAUACAAACCAUAACCAACCUCCCCUGCGAAUAAAAUGGCUCUUCCUUUUAAACUAAAUUAAAGAAAACAAGCGUAAAACUAAACUGGCAAACUAAACAUUAUAAGGCAACACGAGUAAGCUAAACUAAAAUAAAGCGAGAGAUGGAUCGAACUGUGAUAAAUUGUAGAACCAAUAUAAGAUGAAAGCGUACGAAGCAAAUUUAUGAUACAACGUACAUGAGUUAAGUUACAAGUGCAGUUGCAGAUAAAGAAACAAACACUAUUAAAUAAAAUAGCAAGCAUACUUUUAAUUAUCACAUACUACGAUAGUACAUCUGAGCCAGAGUGUUUACCAACUAUUUCUGAAAAAAAAAAUACAAAACAUGGGCAUUCUAUGCAAAAAAAAAAAAACAAUGUGUGGAUUUCAGUUUCGAGUCGGGAUGAAAUUACAUUACCCCUUAAUUAUUAAUAUACCGAAUCAAUAAUAACGAAUUAAAAGACGGACUUUUGUGUUCUGGAAACAUGUUGUUGUUCAUGGUAACCUAACCUAUAUUAUAGACUAUUUUUGGACGUUGUGUUCGGCGACUAAUUGAUGCAAAAGAUAUAUUAUAUGAUUUUUUUUUUGAACAUACCUCGACACAACGGAUCUACCUAGCAACUUACCUACGCCAAAUUGGCUCUAAAUUCUUGUUUAUAAAAAAAAUGCAGGCUUUAAUUUGUGUUCGAUAAAUAUUUGCACGAAAUGUGACACAUUCAAAGAGUAUAUGCAAUUCAGCGCAUGGGGAAACCUUCUCUAACUGUAUGUAACAAGGGAAGCCUUACGGAAGCUAACAUCAUAUUUGUCGCUAUCGGUUUGAUGAUGGAUAUUUGCACCGAAUUGAAUGAAAACCGCAACUUUUAUAUGCUCUAAUUUCCAUCAGACGAAAAAUAGCCAAUAAUUACAGAUAUUAUUCUAAUUUACCUUUGUCAAUGACUCAUCAGAUGGAAGCAAAAAGAUGUAAACUGUCAAUAACCAGCCCCUAUACUGCAUAUGAUCGCUAGUAUGGGACAAACAUUAAAUUCUCGCUCCAGUCGACUUUUUGAUUCCAUUUAGGUCCCAUAUGAACUGUGCAAAAUUUCAGCGCAAUCGGUGAAACUAUAAUUUAGCGCAAGCGGUUCUAAGUUUUCAUAGGAUUUACUAUGGAAAAAGUUACACUUUCAGAUAAAAAAUCCCAGAGGUCACUUCUUGUCUCCUUAAUUCAAAUCGAUCAACGCUUCUUGUAGGAAAAUCAUUUAUGAAACUUUCCUUCGAAGAUCGCAAAACGAUUGGAAGUUUGUGGAAAAAGUUAUUGAUUUAUUACCGAUUAGAGUGAUCCAACGAACGGCUUUUUGUUUUGUAUUAUUAGCAUGGUUCCAAUCCCACCAGAACGCAUUUUUUUCACAAUUUCAUCUCUCAAAGCAACAUUUUGGGUUUACUAAUUACAAUUUUUCCAGGGGAUCUUGCAGAUUUUCUUCCAUAUGUUCAAUGUUGCUUGAAGAUUCCAUUUCGGGAUUUUUACUUAUCCAGGGAUCUCUACAUGAGUUUCUUUCAAGAUAUUUUUCAGAUGUUGCGGAAAUUCUUUUUUCUUGAGAUUCGUCUUUAAUAAAUAAUUCUUUUAGGAAGGGAUUUCGCCAAGGGUUCUUCUUCGGCUUUCUCCCACAGUUUCUGCAAGAGUUAUUCCUGAAAGUUCUGAUACAACAGUCACUCCAAGGUUUUCUUUAAGUUUCUCCAGAAGUUUCACGGCGAAUGUUUCUUAAGAGAUUCCUUUCUUGUCUUUCAAGAUUUAUUCUGGACUUUCUCACAAGAUGUUUCCGGGGUUUCUCCAGAGUUCGCUUUUGGGAGCUCUGCAGGAGCUGUUGCUGAUAUUGGUCAUGGAUUUAUUUUCGAGUCUCCUUCCAGAGGUUGUUCCAAGCUUUCCUUCUUACUGAUUUCCAGGAUUUCUUGUAGUGAUUCCUCCCGGAGUGGCUCCCGAGAUGUCUCUUAGAUUUUUUCAUUGAAUCGGAUAUCAAAGUGAAUCCUGAUUUAUGUAACCAUCAAUCCUUAACUAACAAAGACUUCUUCUCGUGACAACUGUGGAGGGAGCAGUAGUAUAUUACAAUCUCUAGUGGCAGCGGUUGUCAAACUAACAUUCCUUCCCUUCUUCGGUUGACAGUAAGCGCCGUUAUUGGCCUUAUAAAGUUUGUGCUUUCGGAACGUGUACAUUGAGGGUGGUGGUGUGCUUAUCCCAAGCCCCAUCUAUUGGAUCUCUGUGCAAUUAUUCUGCUAGCUCAAGUCAACGACGAAGGAGUAACUAAGAAGUGUACGGUCACCAACACUCAUACUCAGAUUUUUUCCGAAAUUUCUCCAGAUUUUUUUUUUUGAGUUCUCCCACGAAUUUUUUAGAAUUUUUUUUUUCUUUUUUCGUCGUAGUGGUUUCCAUAAUUUAUUUUCAGUGAUCCUGCUGAAAGAUUUCCUCGAGAUUACUCAGAGUUUUUCCCGGAAUAUUUACCUGUUGCCUACCGUAAAUUGUUCCGAGAUUUUGGGUGCAUUUUUCAUUUUUUUUUUUUUGUCGGAGUAUCUCAGAAAAUAACCUAAGGAAUUUAUUUUCUUGUAAGAAAUCCCCGGAAAAGUAAGCAUCGGAUAGAAUUCAGGAUAAAUCUCGCGAGAAACUUCGGGAACUAUUCAACUAUUCAAAUGUCGACAGGAACUUCAGAAAAAAAUCAUGAAAAAACGGAACAUCUGCAGAAAAAAAUGUGAAUAAUUCCUUGAAUAUUUGGGAAAUUCCAGAACGAAAUCUGAAAACCUAUGAGAGUAAUUACAGAAAAAAACUACAAGAGAUCUCUCUGAAAAUUGGAUUGUUUAGUGAAUAAAAUAUUGCUAUUUUCUAUAGCCUAAUUGAUAGAGCUCAUUGUUCUGAGCAUAACGUGAUUUUAUUGGAUUCCAAAAACUUUGUUUUGAUGAUUAAAAUAAAAUAAAAAAACAGUUUUUAUUUUCGUGGAUAGAAUGACAGUUCAACCCGAACAAAAAAAUGUUCACAUACAAACUUUAAAUGCAUUUUAAAAAUAGUUCUCGCACUCCAAAAAUUAUGAAACUUUGGAUUUCGAAUAAUGUUUGAGUGGAGAGUCCGAUUAUAAAAUAAUCCGGAUACCCCUAAAGAACCCAAUUGUCUUGAUAAAUAUUUAAUCGCUGGAAGAACUUGCAAAAACCAAACGAGAGAAACAGUUGGAAAGCAAUUCCGGUAAUCACUAAGAGGAAUGCUGGAAGAAAUUCCGGGAUGUACUCCUGUAGAGACCCCGUGAAAAACUCCUGCAGAAAUCCUAGGAGCAAAUCUCAAAAAUCCCAGAAAAAAAAAAACAACGAUAAACUCUCGGAAGUAACUCUGGUGCAAAUCCGGAAGAACCUGUAAAUGGGAGAAACUCCUGAAGGAAUAAAAAAAGAACUCCGCAAUCCUCCAUGACUGGAAACUAGUGGAUUACUAGUGCCAUCCUGAAUACGAAAGGUGAUUUAAAGAACAAUGUAUUUUGUUUUCGUUCGCCUAUGUAUCAGUCUUGAGCAUAGAAAGUUCCAUCUCAUUCCGUGGAAAUUUGACUAAGAAACAGGAUAAAUACUUUGUCCGGAUUUUGGUGUGAACGGCCUUUAUGUGUGAAAGCCUUUGAUUUUCCAUAAAACCUUCCAAUGGUUUACCAUAGCCAAAUCGAUUAUUUCAAAACAACCUUGGAAUAUUCUACCAUUCUUAAAUCAAGAUAAGCUAUAUUUAAAACGAUUCUAUACUGCGUUUAUGGUGGUUUUGACGAUAUUAAGUUCUUACGUAAAUCAUGAAUCCGACGAUGAUUAGUUUCGGUUCAAUUUGUGAUUAAUUAUCUUUCGGUUCAAAGAAGCAGAUAACUUGCCAUUUGGUAGAGGAUUUGUAUUCGAGUAAGUUUUUUUUUCUCGUAUUGUCAGCUUCACCUCAGUAGCCCAAGUUCAACUUCGAGCCACAAUCGGUCGUCCGGUUCACUGUGGUGAUAUUAUUAGUCAGUGACAAGAUACCACUCUUGUCCGUGUUGUCGAUUUUGGUGAGCUUGUUCCAUAUUAUUUAGGUAAUUAACAAUUGAAAGCUUCGUCACUUCAAGUGUCGACCGUAGUUUCACUUUUUUUGUUUCUUCAACAAAGUGAGUUGAGUACUGUAAAAACAAAUUACACCAUCGAAACCAGUGCAAACUCUAGUUUUUUUUUGCGCGGAGAACCGUGCUGUAAAAAGUUUUUGGUUCAAAUUUUGAUAAAAAUUGGCGAUAGUUUUUUUUAACCUUCUGCUGCACACGUCCGUGUGAAAAAAAAUCAAUAUAAAAUCAUAAUGUACUGAUACCAUUGGGUUCAUAAAAAAAACGACGUGCAAAUUUUUAUUAAUCCUCAUAAUAGCGUUAGACAUUCUUCUUUCAUGGCGGAAAUGCUAUGACCAGUUAGAAUUAGGGACCCCCAGCUCCCCCCCCGUGCAUACGAAAUUGCUCGCUGCGCUGAACACGGAACAAAACGGCGAAACAACAUGGAACUGUAAUGCAAAAUCUGAAAUAUAUCACUGCCUUAGGUAAUAACGUAAAAGAAAAAAAAAAAUCAUUUGAAAACGGCUGCUUUGCAAUUUAACACAAAACAAAAGAAGUAGUACGGAAGUUGAACGAGGGAGAUGAUCGAUGCUGUACAAGUGUGGAACACAACUAUUAUAUAAAAAUAUAUAAAUAUGAUUAGUAGCAGCAGUUUAUUGAUUAGUAACGGUAGUUUGUAAUGCGAGACAACCCGAGACGGUCGGUCGGUUGGAAGAGGAACUUUAAGUUUAGUAAAAUGCUAACAUUAUAUGGCAAGCUUACCAGCAAAGUCAGUAAUUGACUAAAAACAUUUGUAUAUCGUAUAACUAUUACAUUUAAGGUGAGUAAUCAUUUCUUGCAACAAUUACCGAAACAUAACAAUGAAGAAAAAAAAACAAAAUUCGCGUAAUCUUAAGUUUAGACGGAAAUAGAAUUCUUUAGUCAACACAGACAAUGUGAAUUAUGUAUCAUGGUAUAAUGAGAUUUUACUUGAACACUCGUGUCAGGAUCAGAAAACAACACGACUCGCUAUAAAACAUGCAUAUGACAUACUGUACGGAUAUUGUGACAUUACAAAACGCAGUCAGUACCAGAUUAUCCAGGAAGAUCUACUUGUUGGAAAUAACACUAGUAUGCUAUACACAUAGGUUUAAGCCUACAUUUCAAAAGCUGCUGUUUGAGUGCCGUUUCUUUUAACUCAAGGUAACAUUUCCGGAUUAAUCACGCAAUAAAGCAAUUUUGAAACCAUCAUAAAAACAUUAUUUUUCAAAACCUAUGUCAAUGAGUGCAAGCGCAAGAUAAAACGCCCUUACUGAACCGCCUUUUGUAAUGUAGGCAUAAAUCUUAUCUUCGGUGCUCAUUAAAAGGUAUAUUAACGGAGUAAUGCUGACAAACCCAACUUUAACAGGAUUAAACUUAUACAUACAAAAAGAAAGCAGCAACAGCAGCUGUCGCAAAGAUAAAACACUGUGAAAUGUAAUCCUAUACUUCCUUUUAAGUAUUAUAACUUGAGAUAAAAUACAAAAAGGCAUACACUUUCAAGGUAAUCUAAAAUGAACAAAAAACUCCAGAAAAAAAAAUACACUACAAACCUACAUCUUUUUAUGCAAAACGCAGCAUAAGAUUCGAAAUGUUGAGAUAUGUAACGAAUAUGAGUUUCUGCAUAAUAUAAUUUAUUUUGUACGA